AUGCAAGAGCGCCUGGAAAGUGGGUCUUGGAAUAUUGAUACAAUGAUUUCACAUGGCGCUAAGGAACGACAUCUAGCCUGCGCUAUUCUUGCCUGGAAGCAAUUAGUUCAUGAAGAAACAAACAGCCUUUAUGAAUAUGUACUUAAAAUGUUAAGUAAAGACAUGGUUGAAAAAGGCGAAACAUUCACUAGUGAAGAUAUACUUCUUGUCAGAACCACCGAUGUUGCCUGUGAGCCAAAAAUGCUAACCAAUCUAAAGGAAUCUCAUUAUUCCAAUGUAGUUGAUGCUGUGAACUCAGACACCCGGUCUCUGGUCGGUCCUGUUAUAAAAUUGCCAGGUGAAACGAAAAUUGUAAUGCGACUGGAACAUACACCAAACCCACGCAUUACAAUAAAAACGUCGCAGAAGACUCAAAGUAGUGAUAUAAAGAACAAAAUAAACGCGGUAUGUUGUUUGGAGUCCGCUUGUGUAGAGCGUUUGACUGAGUUGGAUUCAGCAACUUCAGAGCUGCGGAAACGUGUUGGGCAACUGGCAAAGAGGGAAGCUGAACGCUUAGAUUUGUUAGAACGCGCAGAGGCUGCGUGGAAGGAUCUUGAAAUGGGCUAUAAUCGCCGUCUCGCGCAUGCCGAAGAACAACAGGACGAUCUUACGAAACAGAUAACAAAUUUAAUAAAUGAACGCAGCGAUUACAAGGACGCUUGUAUUGUAAUGGCAAAACAAAUAGAAGCCCGAGCAGAAGAUGUAAAAAAGGAUCAUGAGAAUCUGAAAAAUAUAGAGCAGGAGUUUUAUGAGCGGGCACGAAAAAAGUUUUACCUGGUUGAUGAGGUAACGCGCGUUGAUGCCUCGCUCGCGGCACAACAGUGUCGCGCCGCACAACUCAGUAGAGACCUUCAAUUAAAAGAAGAACAAGCACGAAGAAAAUUAAAAAAUUUAGAAAAUGAAGUGGAGUCUUCGCGUGGACUUAAGUUUGAUACAGGAAGAGCUCUACGUAACGAAUUAGGCGCGGUGAAAGAUCAAGUUGCGAAAAUUUCAAAACUGCUUUUAGUAGAAGACAGCGAGAAUAAAAAUAUUAGCAACGAGCUUGCAGAAUUAAAUCAGAAAAAAAUGAAAGUUAUUGAAGAUCUAGAUGACUGUAAAAUUACGUGUGAUAGUCAUAUGCAAGGCAAAAUGGAAGAGCUUAAAACCAAAAAGAAGCAGCUUGCUGAUAUAAGAGAAAAUAUAUUAGAUUGUCGCUGUAAGAUACCUCAAGAUAAUAGCGUGGAAGCAAAGCGAACACCUUCCCUUGCCGCUAUAUGCCGAUGUACAUCUGAAAAUGAAAUACUGGAUUCAUGUUCGUGCACGUCUCUUCGAAGUAGUUUAAUGUCAAACUUGCUUAAAGACCUCUUCGGAGGUUUGCAAUCCGAGUUGGGUGAUACUGGACCAAAAAUGCCAUGCCAGUUGCUAAAGUGCUUAGAAGACAAACAUAACUGGGACCAUUCCAGCGCAGUUAAAACUAAUCUUCGCACUUUCUUUUCACAAUUGCUUAUUGGCGAAUUAGAUAUUGCAAUCGCUUCGUCGAUCGAAAAAUAUCACGCGAAGUGGAUAGGUUCUUCCUGUGUGAAUGAAGAUUUAUCAAGAAAUCCAAAUGAAAACGAUGUCGAAGAAUGGCAGCAACGAAACGUGGAAAAACAGGCUCAAAAACUUGCGACGCAAUUGGCUGAGCAAUUAUUUCAAGAGAGGGCUGAGUUAAUAAUGCAGAAAGCUAAAGAUGUCGUAAAGCCAGCACCGCCACCGUGUGAUUGUGAUAAAACAACAUCAGUUUCUACGUACUCAUGCAUUUUAACGACCCCCACAGAAAAAUAUACUAAUCGACAAAAUACUGUAGAAAAAGCUAAAUCAUCUGCAAAAGAAAAUACUUUUAGGAACUCCACACAGCUUCAUCUUCAGGUGGAGGACUCUAAAAUGCAACCCAUCAAAGGAAUGUGCUUGAAACCCACAAAUGACAAAAACAAUAAGUUGGGCUAUCGAUCAUGGAGCCGAGAUAAACGUAGUAUUGCAAGAGAAACCAAAAAAGAUAGAAAGGAUUUAAGUGCGAAACAAAUUGUUAAUCACAGAGCAGUAAGUACAGAUAGGAAUGCAACUUUAUGUAACAUAAAGUUUAGUCCAUUAAUUAAAAAGCAAGCCGAAAAUAUCGUUUUCAUUAGAGAUACAAACAAAUUAAAUUUUAAUCGCAGUUUUCCUGGUAAAUAUUCUAAUAAAAGAUCAAGCAAAAGAUCAGGUCAGUCUUUCGCAGUCAAUUUAUGUCUAUGUGGUUCACAAAGAGACCGCCAAAAUGUUUUAUCGGAAAAAUAUAAUUUUAAGAAAAACAAAAAUAUGUCACACAGGAGUUACGACAGCUACAACGAUAAUCUGUCUCUUUCAAGACCAUUAAAAAAACUGUCUAAUACUGAAUUAGCAAAAUCUGGUAAACAAUCUUAUGAGAUAUUAAAUACACAAUCAAAAAUUUUUUAUGAUCUACGUUGCUCGAGUGAAUGUGUUUGUUUUCAUAAAAUACCUUCAAAUAGAUCCAUUGAAGAACUAUUAGAAACUUUUAGAAGAGAAGAUUCUUGUUUAGUUGAUAAAAGAAACUCAAAAGAUGUGGUACCCCAGGACGCUAAGCAUGUAUCUAUUCGUAGAAGUGUAACUCAAAAUAGCGAAAUUCUUCUUAAUUAUGACCUAGCUCAAGCAAAUGAUAAAAAUAUAUUAAUGCCAAAUUCUACUGAGGAAAUACUUACAAUUUACUCGAAAAAAAUUCAACCUACAUAUAGUAAGUCAAAUUACGUAGGUAUUAUAAAUUUUCAAAAAGGUAAUGAAUUAUUUGAAAGUCCAGAUAUUACAAAAAGUAUCGAUGCUAAAGCACGUACAAAAGAUAAUAUUACAGAUAAUGUUCCUCAUUCAAAUACCGAAAAGGAAAAUAAAUUAUAUAGGAAUCAUAACACACAAGUUUCAAGCAAUAAAAUAAAUGAAGGACAUGAUAUGAAGUUUGAUGAUAAAAGUUACUUAUAUACUAAAGAAAAUCCUAGUCAUGAUCAUAGUUGUAAACAUACUAGUAUCGAAAAUUUAAUUUGUGAUACGGAAAUAAGCAUACAGUGUUGUUUAGAGAAACCUAAUUUGGGUACUAAUUGUUCAUUAGCAACUGUUAAUAAAUAUAACAAGUUUAAACUUCCUGACUCACAUUAUAAUGUAAAAUUCUUGGGAGUUACCCUAAACAAUGACACAAGUAAUCGUACUAGUUGUGAUAUCACAAAUAACCUAUUAAGUAAUAAAAACUGUUUAAAAGCGGAGAAUACCCAAAUUAACAACGUUAAUCUGUACAAUGAAAACAAAACAAAAUUAAAUUAUGAUAGUUAUAAUAAUUUUAAAGAGCUUAACAACGUAACGUAUGAUAUUUAUAAUAGGUCGAUAAAAUCGUUUGAUAACAAUAAUGAAUGCACCUGUUGUAAUAAAAAUGACGAAGAUGAAAGUAACGACUUAGAAAUAAAUACUUUUGAACUGUUAAUAGAGUAUUUCAAGAAAAAGUUGGAGGACAUUAAAUUAUCUACUUCAAUUUCUGCUAACCUACCUUUAAAGGAAGACAUUUUAUAUUCUGAUAUACUUAAACGAAUAAAGGAAAUAAUUUUGGAAAAAUCUACUGAAAUAACAUGUAAAUGUUUAAAAGAUAGUCAAAUUGAUAAAAGUGAAAUAAGUUGGAGAAGAGCUUGUGGACUAUUACAAGAAUAUCUAAGAUCUAAAAUAAAAAAAAUUAAGUGCUCUUGUUCUAUCAAUGUUAAAAACUCUGAUAAAGUAGUACACGAAAUCUUAGAAAAUAUAUGCGAGUUGAUUGAAUACGACUUUAGACAAUUGAAAAAAAUCUAUAAUCAUAACAAUACAUUGAAAUUCUGCAAUAAUAAAAUAAAGAUGGAUAGUCUUCAAUCUUUUAAUGAUGCACGGAUAAAUAAUCUUUGCCAAGUAACUGCAGAUCUUAUAAGUGAAGUAAUUCCUGUUUUUGAUACUGUAAUUAACAAAAAUAUAUCUACGUACAAUAUAGAACUAAACAACCCCUCGAAAGAAAAUAAUUUUUAUCACGAAGUACCAAAUGCUGUUACAAUAAUUAAACCUGGUGAAAUAAAUAAAUCUAGCAAGCAAACCGUUACACUUACUACGCAUAUGGAUCAAAUAGAAGAAUUAAAUAAGUAUGAGAAACAAGAUGAUUAUAUUAAGCUUGAUAAAGGAAUAUACGCUCAUUUAACUGACGAAAACGUUGAGUUAAAAAGUUCGAAACAAUGUUUACAUAAUGUUAUCCAUGACACCACAAAUACGUCACAUAUUUACUCAAAUAACGAACCAGUUAAUUUGAGUUAUGAUGAAUGGGACGACUGUGAAUCUUCUCCUUGUUGUCAAACAAAUAAUGAGUAUAUUAAUACCCAUGACCAGCUUUGUAGCUAUUUCAAUUCGCCUGUAGAUAAAGUCGCAAACCAUUUGAAGGAUAAAAUACUGUUAGAUAGUGACGAAGUGAUGGCAUACGGUAUUAAAUCACAAAACUGUAAUUGUGAAAUGGUUCCAAUUUGUCACGUUAAAAUGCUUGUAGGUAAUAUCGAAAGUAAACUUGUGAAUUCAAUGUGCACGUGUGAUUCUAUGGACCCCAAAGUUUGUCCGGUACAUUUUGAGACAGGCUUUAAUUUUAAAUAG